GACCGGGCCGCCUCCGCUCCGCCGGCCGAGGGAGCAGCGCCGUGCCCCGGCUGCGGCAGCGGGAAGGGCCCGGGGAAGCCAUCCCCAGGGAGACGGGAACGCGACAAGGUUCUAAUUCCAGGACACUGCUGCAUGCAGUUGAAUCAAUGGUGGUCACAGCAGAUUCCUGACACCGUGGGAAGGGAUUCUGCUCUUCUUCUUCUUCUUCUGCAUGGUCGUCACACAGACCUCCAAACUGAGCUGAACUUCUGGAAAGCAAGAAAAUACAACAGUUUAUUUAAAAAUAAACAAUGUUUUGGUGCCAUGAUGCCAGGGCAGCAUUGAUGAUUGGACUAAAACCCAGUGGAGAGAGAUUAAUGUGGAACAGAUGGAUGUGAAGCUCAGAAGGUUUGCCAAGGCAGGUUCCACAGCCAUCUAUUUCUGCAAUUUAUCUGUCUCAGUGCCACCCCUUCCUCACUCUUCCCACCCACUUGGAUGUUUCGGUCAGGCUUUCAGUAGCAGAAGACCUUCUCAGGUCUUCAGGGACUCCAGUUACAUAAAGGUAGAAGAUGAAGUCCAAAGUGUAGUUGUCAAUGCUGUGCAUGAGUUGAGUACUGAAAAGAUGCAAGCAAUUCUGAAGAGUAAAUAUGUGGUAUAUUUCAUUGCACAUUGAAAGGCUGACAAAGUAAAUUAAACAUGGCAGAUUCUGCCAUUUCCAUUUGGAUGGAAUUUCAAUGAAUGUGGUAUCUUCAUCAGAGUAAUUAUCUGCGUUGUUUUCCUUUCACAUGGACUGGAAGCUGCUGGUGUCACAAUUUGAGACCAAGAUCUCAGUUGGUGACUGACAUAACAAAUAAAGAAAAUGUCAUGGAAGCUUUGAGAAAGCCAAAGGUGUAUGAAAGCUCUGCAGCAGAGGCUCUCCACCUAGCAGUGAGUGGUGUUCCUGCAGGACCAGCUGGCGCAGAGAAGACAGAGACCAUGGAAGAUUUGGGCUCUGCCCUUGGUAUGAUGGUGGAAAUUUUCAACUUUUCAGAAUACAUGGAUUCAAGAACCUGUGCCAUGGCUGUCCCUGACAUUGAACUGGUCUCUGAAAUGAUGUUGGCUGCUGAAGGGUUUAUUUAUGCCUGUCUGUUAGCCAGAAUGUUCAUCACCUUCUACCCUCUCUGCAGGGAGCUGCUCCCUGAACAGGGCUGUUAUGACUGGGGACUUCAUGCUAUCAAGUCAGUUUUGGUAAUUCUGAAACAAGGAGAUAAGAACAGACCUGAGGACCAUGUGCUUAUUUGCAUCUUAAGAGACUUCAAUUUGCAUAAAAUAGUGACAGAUGAUAUCCCAAUUUUCACAGGCAUGAUCAGUGACCUGUUUCUGUCUCUGGAUGUUCUGAGGAUGGGGAACCUACAGUCUGAGCAGAUGGUUAAACAAUCUACCCUGGAGCUGUACUUGCAGCCAGAAGAGAACUUUAUUCUCAAAGAUGUUCAGCUGGAGGAGCAACCAUCAGUGUGUCACUCUGUGUUUGUGGGUGGAAUUGCAGGGAGUGGGAAGGGCAAGGUUCUGCAAAUUCUUCAUCACAUGUAUGUGAACACAAAAGAAAUGCCCCUUUGGAAUUAACUUAAUGCAGAAGUUCUGACAGCUGAUGAACUGUGGGGUUUUAUACACCAGGAAACCUGAGAGUGGAAAGAUGGUCAGCCUUCUCAAGGCAUCGAUGGAAGGCGAGUGUAG